CAGAGGCACCGACAACAGACUGGUUCACCGGCGGCAGACAAUUCUCCGGGAGAAGGGGAGAAGGUUAGCUAACCGAGGACCAGCAUAUAUGUUUAAUGAUCAUUCAACAAGCUUGUCUUUUGAGGAGGAACGCUUUUUAGAUGCAGCUGAAUAUGGCAACAUCCCAGUGGUGAGGAAGAUGUUAGAAGAAUGUCUCUCACUCAAUGUUAACUGUGUGGAUUACAUGGGCCAGAAUGCCCUGCAGUUGGCAGUGGCCAAUGAGCAUCUGGAAAUUACAGAACUUCUGCUCAAGAAAGAAAAUCUGUCUCGUGUCGGGGAUGCCUUGCUUCUAGCUAUUAGUAAGGGUUAUGUUCGAAUUGUGGAAGCCAUUCUUAGUCAUCCAGCUUUUGCUGAAGGAAAGAGGUUAGCAACCAGCCCCAGCCAGUCUGAACUCCAGCAAGAUGAUUUUUAUGCCUAUGAUGAAGAUGGGACACGGUUCUCCCAUGACGUGACUCCAAUCAUUCUGGCUGCCCAGUGCCAGGAAUAUGAAAUUGUGCACACUCUCUUGCGGAAGGGUGCCCGGAUUGAACGGCCUCAUGAUUAUUUCUGCAAGUGCAGCAAAUGCAACCAGAAACAGAAGCAUGACUCCUUUAGCCACUCCAGAUCUAGGAUUAAUGCUUAUAAAGGCCUGGCAAGUCCAGCUUACCUGUCAUUGUCUAGUGAAGAUCCAGUCAUGACAGCUUUAGAACUUAGCAAUGAACUGGCAGUGCUGGCCAACAUUGAGAAAGAGUUCAAGAAUGACUACAAAAAACUAUCAAUGCAGUGCAAAGAUUUUGUUGUUGGACUCCUUGAUCUGUGCAGAAAUACUGAAGAAGUAGAGGCCAUUCUGAAUGGGGAUGUUGAAAUACACCACAGUGGUGGAGACCACGGCCGUCCAAAUCUCAGCCGUUUAAAACUUGCCAUUAAAUAUGAAUUAAAAAAAGUAAGGUCAGGCAGGAAGCCUGUUUACAUUAUUUCAGUUUUUAUUCGUGCUAAAUAA